UUACUCAUAGGACGUCACGCGGAAAUACAUUCAACAAAGAUGGCAGCGUCCUUGAUAAGCAAAUGUUGACUGCAGUGAAGUGUCAAAAAAUGCCCCAUAGUUGUAAAUCAUUCUCAGAACGGCAACGUGAAAGCUGACAAUAGAAGACUGUGAACAGCUAACAUGGAAAAAAGAGAAUUCACUGCUUCGCUAGUGGCGGGGGGCUGUGCUGGGAUGUGCGUGGACCUCACCCUCUUCCCCCUGGACACCAUUAAGACCAGACUGCAGAGCCAGCAGGGCUUCACCAAGGCUGGGGGUUUCCGUGGCAUCUAUGCAGGGGUUCCAUCUGCUGCCAUCGGCUCUUUUCCCAAUGCUGCUGCGUUCUUCGUCACUUAUGAAAGCACCAAGUCCGCGCUCGGAGCCCACGGAGCCCUCUCAGCCCCACACAUGGCACCUGUCACUCACAUGCUUGGUGCCUCCCUGGGAGAAGUAGUGGCAUGUCUGAUCAGGGUGCCUACUGAGGUGGUGAAACAGAGGACGCAGGCCUCGCUGUCCUCCAACACCUACCAGGUGCUGCUGGCCACUCUCAGAGAGGAGGGUGUCAGAGGCUUGUACAGGGGCUACAAUAGUACGGUACUCAGAGAGAUCCCGUUCUCUCUGGUCCAGUUUCCACUGUGGGAGUAUUUAAAGACUCAGUGGUCACGGAGGCAAGGUCACACUCUCUACUCUUGGCAGGCUGCAGUGUGCGGAGCUUUUGCAGGUGGAAUAGCAGCAUUCGUGACCACUCCCCUGGACGUGGCUAAGACCAGGAUCAUGUUGGCCAAGGCCGAUGGUGGCUGGCCCGCUCCAGGAGGCUGAAGUGCGUGAUGUUCCUCCGCCUCCUCUAGACAUCGAGGGGGUUCCGGCGUACUCUGUUCGAUCCAUUUUGGAUUCGAGACGUCGGGCGAGGGUCCUUCAGUACCUCGUGGACUGGGAGGGGUACGGGCCGGAGGAGAGAUGCUGGGUUCCGGUGGAGGACGUGUUAGAUCCUUCCAUGUUAUCAGAAUUCCACCGUCUCCAUCCGGAUCGCCCUGCACCUCGCCCUCCGGGUCGUCCCCGAGGCCGGUGUCGACGCGCAGCUGGAGCCGCGCGUCAGGGGGGGGGUACUGUCACGACUUCUGCCGAAGUCGUUGCCUCUCCUUGUUCGGGCGGUGCUCGGCGUUCGACGUCACCGGUCUUCUAGCCAUCAUUGAUCCUUUUUUCAUUUUCCAUUGGUUUUGUCUUGUCUUCCCACACACCUGUUUUCAAUCGCAUUCAUUACCUGUUUUGUGUAUUUAACCCUCUGUUUCCCCUCAUGUCUUUGUCAGAGAUUGAUUUGUUGUCUGUGUAGUGUGCUUGUUUGUAUAGGUGCGCGUCGGGUUUUCGUACCCAUGUUUUGUUUGUUUGUACAUUUAUUGUUAUGGAGCAUACUCGUGGAACUUUAUUAAAAGACUCCAUAUUUAAACUCCA